AUGUCUAAGCAUAUAUUAGAUGUGUCACCAUCAUUUCUUUCUAUCAUUAAGAUUAACCAGAUCAAUAAAUUUCCAGUAUCUCUGCAUGAGUUCAGAAUUAGUGGAAAACAGUUUUGAAAGAUUUUAGCUUCUGGUAGACAUCACAAAGAGCUAUCUUUCACAUGCUGUGAACUUAUGAUAUCCAAAGACACUAAUCUAUCCAAUGGUAUGAGCAGAUCUAGUCUUGAGAAGUUAGUCUUUACAUAUUGCAAAAUCCCUGGCUGCAGUCCAAAAGCUUUGGUAAAACUAUACAAAGCUUUGAUUCCUAUUCUGGCAACAUCAGAGGACCUUAAGCAGAGUUUAAAAAUCUUAAACAUCUCCAAUUUUUCUAAUCUCAACGCAGACGUAAAAUCUAUCCAAGUGAGAGUUUCAAGUGUGGCUGCUAAAUGUGACUUUCAUAAUCUCAUAAUUGAUCCCAGAUAA